AUGUCGAACGAUGCCGAAAUUCCUCCUCCCGCAAACACCGCACCCAUCACAGCCACUGAACCCCCACCACCCUACACACCUUCUCCCUCCGCCCAAGCUUCUGCUCCGAAUCCCGGUUUCUGUCCCCUAGCGUUCAGCGAACGGCACGCAAACCGUACUCCAGGCGGUGGCAUGACUGCGGCGCAAUACUUCGCCCCGUGUGCAUUCUGCAGCACUGUAAUUGGGGAUGGCAUUCCAGCACUAUAUAAAGAGGGUUGGGCCAAGACGUGGGUCGAUCCGAGUGUGAAUUUUAGGUGGGAGUCGCAUGUUCCGCCGACGAAGGAGGUGGAAAUGGUGGAGGUGGAAAAAGAGAAAGUGGACGAGACGGUGGACGAGGUCGUGGACGAGAAGAUGGAGAAGACGGAGGAGAAAUCGGAAGAUGAGGGCGAUAGGAAGGUGGAAGGAGCGGAAGAGGAAAGACUCAGUUGUUGGCUUUGCUGGGAAUAUGAGGAGAGGUGGAUUGAGCCGAUGGCGCCGGACGAGUGGAAAGACCGGAGGAAUGCAGAGGAGGAGGAAUUGCGGUGUGACGCAUUGCCCGAAGAUACAUUCCUAGGAUUGCCGGAUGCUAUGAUACAUGAAUUCUGGAGUUUAGGGAGCGUGUGUUAUUCGUGA